AGCUCUUUGCCCGCCACCCGCAACCCUCGCUUCCUCCUCCGAACUCCCGCUGCGGCUGGGGGUGGGAUGCAGGAAUGGAUGGACCAGUCCGGCGAUGCUGCCACGGGGCCGGCUUUCUGUUCCUUCGGAGUUACUGGAGAGUGGUGGGCGGCAGGGAAGGUAGGGGGAGAGAAACAGCAAGCCGUCAACGAGGCUCUUCCUGGCCCUGGUGAAGAGUGCCGGUCUCCCGCUGCUGCCGCUGCCGCUGCGCUUUCUGAGUCGUCUCUGCUCCUUCCUCUUCCUUAGUUACCAACGUGAAACCAAUCGAGAGCCCCACAUCCCCUCCCUUCCACUCUCUCGCUAAUCUCUAUCCUCUCCCGCCCGCACCUUCCCUUCUCUCUCAAUCCACUUUGCUUCCUCGGCCAUGAAGCUCCCGAGGCAUCCCUUUUCUGGCUCCGGCGCCUUGCUCCUGCUGAGCCUGCUCGCCGGAGCCGAACAGCCCGCGUUUGAUGUGUCAAUUUGGCCAGAGAACCCCAUGGUGGAGCACGGAGGGUCCCUCGAGCUGAACUGCAGCACCAGCUGCCAGGAGGCAGAUGCCAAGGGAGGCUUGGAGACGUCGCUGAUCAAGGCGAGGAAAGACAAUGGGACCGGCUGGGCACGCUUCCAGCUUGUGAACAUCACGGAGUGGGCGUCUGCUGUGGAGUGCUCCUUCAGCUGUUACGGAGAACAUAAAUCUGUGCGUGCAAACAUCCUGGUGUAUCAAAUUCCAGAGCUGGUAGCUUGGGCUCCAGUGCCAAUGAUGGAGGCAGGCAAGGCGUACAACCUGGCAUGUCGGGUGGCCAACGUUGCCCCCAUCAGGAAUCUCACAGUGACCCUGCGUCAAGGGACAGAAGACCUCCAUGUGGAGACCUUUGAAAGCCAAAGCACUCCUGAAGCCACCGAUGUUGUGGUGAUGCAUACAAUAACAGCUGAGAAAGAAGACCAUGGGGAGGAACUCACUUGCCAUGCAGCUCUGGAUUUGUGGCCUGAAGGUCACCUCUUUGAAAAGGCAUCCCUUGGCAUGGUCCUCAAAGUCUAUGAUUUUCCAAUGGAUCCCCAGCUUCAUACUUUGCGUUACAUAGAAGCCAACAGCAGCACGACUGUGCAGUGUGAUGUCGUUGGGGUUUUCCCAGCCAAGGAGGCCCAAUUUGACCUGACCUUUGCAGAGGAGAAACUGAACUUCAGCAUCAGUGUGUUGGAUGACACCAUGAGAGCCCAGGUUCAUCUGUCCUCCUUUUCAACAGGAAACCACAUUUUGAACUGUACAGUGGUUCUGGGACCAGUCACCAGAUCUUCAGUGGAAACAGUGCAUGUUUACAGUUUUCCCGAGCCUUCUCUGGUGAUCUAUCCAUCACAGACCCUUGCAAAUAAUCCUGUGACCGUUAUAUGUGAUUCUUCAGCUACUCUGCCACUCAGCGUUUCUCUUCAAAUAAAAAACAAUUCUGGGAAGGUCUUGGCCUCCAGUGACCGACCCCCUCUAAAGCUCACUCUGACAGCUCUGGAGGAAUAUGAUGGGAGGGAAUUUGUAUGUCAAGUGGAAAUGGCAAUUGGGGAAGAUGUGAUCAUCAAGCAAUCGUCUGCCAAUCUGACUGUCUUCUAUGUGCCAGAAAUGGACGACUCUGUUUGCCCCAGCAACCAUACGUGGGUCGAGGGAACACGGCAAGCACUCUGGUGCGUCGCUAAGGGGAACCCCAAGCCAACCAUGACCUGCAGCAAAGAAGGUGUGCCUCAUCGUGAUCUGGAAAAGGAGGAGCAAGUGACCCGGAGCCUUGCUGGCAUCUAUAAUUGCACUGCCGUGAACAAGUUCGGGUCCAGUUCUAGAACAGUUGCCAUCUAUGUGGAAUAUGGACCUGAGCUGGAUGAAGCUGGCUGCCCAAGUAACCAAACAUGGCUGGAACAGACCCUUCAGAAGCUCAGUUGCCAAGCUGAAGGCUUCCCAAUCCCAGACGUCUCCUGUAUGAAAGAUGGCAAAGUGUGGGACACCAGGAGGAUGCAAAAUGUCACACAAAGCCAUGCUGGGGUCUACCUUUGCAAUGCCAGCAAUGCAAAUGGGUCCAGGAGCAAGAUGGUCACAGUCCAAGUGGAAUACAAACCUGACAUGGAUGAUUCCAGCUGCCCUUAUAACUGGACGUGGACAGUAGGAGCAGAGCAGAUGUUCGCUUGCUUUGCCUGGGGAAACCCAGCGCCAACUGUUGAGUGCACCAAAGACAACAUCUCUUAUAGCAGCCCUGGGAUUCUUCACACUGUCACCAGAAAAUAUGCCGGACCAUAUCUCUGCACAGCCACAAACAGGCACGGCUCCAGUACCAGGACUGUGAGCAUCCAAGUGGAGUAUAAACCAGAAAUGAAUGACUCUAGCUGUCCAAGUCUCUGGACCUUGGUGGAAGAGGCAUCAUCCACCUUUGCCUGUAAAGCUGAGGGGCUUCCACCUCCAGAUGUUGUAUGCACCAAGGAUGGCAGAUUGGACCACUUUAGCCAAAGACAAGAGAUUCCAGUUGAAAAUGGAACCUUCUGGUGUAAUGCUACCAACAGUCAUGGAACUGUGGCCAAGUUGGUCACGGUUGUAGUAGAAACCAAACCUAAAAUAGAUGAGUCCACCUGCCCAAGCAACCAGAUUUGGCUGGAAGGGACUUUGCAGUUGCUGACCUGCAAAGCAAAUGGAAUUCCCACCCCAGUGGUCUCAUGUGCCAAAGAGGGAACCACUGAGGAGUUUUAUGGGGGACAGAAUGUCAGCAGGAAUGACUCUGGCAUCUACGAGUGCAAAGCCACCAACAGCCAUGGGACCAAGAAAUGGAUGGUGAAUGUGCAAGUAGAAUACAGGCCUGUUAUUUCCAUUCUGGAGGUCAGUGCGUCUUUACCCAUCAGAAGGGGAGAAAACUUCUCCAUCACCUGUCAUGCAGAUGGGUCCCCAGCAGCCAGCUUCAGCUGGAGGGUGCCUCUGGCCUCCAACCUCAACUACCUUGGCAACAACAGCACAGUGGCCAUUGUGGGUGCAGAUGGACACAACAGUGGUGUAUAUGAGUGCACAGCCAGCAAUAAACAUGGGAAACAACAGAGUCAGGUGGAUAUCCAUGUGGAAGAUCACUGGCUAUAUAUUAUUGUCGUCAUAGCAAUCGCUGGUGCCACCAUGUUGGUUCUGGGAGGAAUGGCUGGGGUUAUUUACUAUCUCAAGUCCACAGCCUGUAAGAAGGGAGAAUACAAUGUGCGUGAUGCAGAAAACUCUACCGAAGCCACUUGUCUAAACCGUGAGAGGCCUUGCGACAUUGACAUCUAUGGGAUACAGCUCACCAGGACCUGAACACAUGUGGGCCAGCACACCCAGGGCUUGCCCCCCCCAGACAGAGAAGGAUGGGUGAACGAAAUUGCUCUGGACAACUGUCGCAAGGCUGUCAGUAUUUCUGCCUUCCUGAAGGAAGACAUCUGGAACUCACAGGCCUCCGUUUCACUGUGGAAUUUAUUAUAAUCCAAUUGAUAGACAGCAAAAUGUUUUCUAGAUGGAGGGCCAGUUUUGUUGCCCAAGCCUCUGGCUAUAAGCCAGACUUACACAGAGCUUGUGCAGAAGAAUCUAAAACCAGCCAUCCUAUCUAUGGCAUUUUUAUCGAGGCUCUUAGUUGCUUCCUCAGCUGACAAUGUGGGGUCAGCCUCUCUCUUGGAAAUGUUGCAUUUGAGCCACUUGCUGCUGUUCUAAUCAGGGAUAGGUUUCUACCUAUUAACACCGGUUAGAAUUUUGGCAGCUUCAGUCACCUUUCCUUUGGAACAUUCUUGUUGAUUGGUGCCUUGAUAAAAAAUGGAAAAUAUCAGUUUUGUGCCAGUAAUGCUCAUAUUUGGAGCAGGGUUUAAUGAUUCGUGGGACAAGAUGAAGAUUGUAAUUUCUUUUUUUUUUUAAGAAAAGAAAUAAUAUGGCAGUGAGGUACCUUAACAGGACAUUGAAUUAAUGCAGUUACGAGUGGAUAGUGACACAGAGGGUUACUAUCUGAAUUAGUCUACUUGGAUUAAGAAAGUAAUGGAAACAUGCUUAAACUGGUUUAAUGUAAUUUUGCUCCAUCUAAGUUUAAUUAUGAUGCUGAUUGAAUUGCACUAAACUAAAUCAAACCUGUCACCUUCUUAAGUAAGAUACAUUGGGGGAAUCAAGUCAAAUCAAAUUAAUUUAAAAAUCAACACCUUUCUUUAUUCUAAGCUGAUGGGUUUGCCUAUUAGAUUCAAGAGCAGAGUAGUGCUCUGAAUUCAACAUUGUAACAAUUUUUUUUUCCAAUACCUAAGCAUGAACAAGGGAAUGCCCAUACAUUUUGUCAGCUGUGGGCAAAGCAUGCAGCCCCAGUGGCACGCACCUUUGAGGACUUCACAGAGUCCAUCCAUACAUCCAGAUUAAAUGUCCUUUUUUUAAAAAAAAAAAUGGCAGUAACAUAUUCAUUUUUUUCCUUCUGG